AGGCCGAGCCCCCCGUAUAUAGCGACGGUCUUUCUGGUCGGGAAUGAGAGCUCUGUGUCUUUCAGUACAGCUUGUUGCUUCCUCUGAGUUUGUUGUUUGCGGACCAAGAGAAAGAAAGAGUCUACUGCUUUGAUACUUUGUUUUGACUUACAAUAUACCUACCCACUCUCCAAACACUUAACAGCACCGCCACCAUGGUCGUCACUGUCCCCAGCGCAAGCCUCGAAGGCAAAGUCGCCCUCGUAACCGGCGCUGGCCGAGGCAUCGGACGGGGCGUAGCGCUGGAGCUGGGCGCGCGCGGCGCGUCCGUCGUAGUCAACUACGUGUCGUCGGCGGGCCCGGCCAACGAAGUAGUCAAGGAGAUUGAGAGCAACGGGACGGGGGCGCGGGCGAUAGCGAUCCAAGCAGACGUCAGCCGGGUCAGCGAGAUCGACCGGCUCUUCACGCUCGCAAAGUCGCACUUUGGUCGCCUGGACAUCGUCAUGAGCAACUCGGGUACCGAGUCCUGGGACGCCACGGCCGAGGUCACCGAGGAAAAAUACGACCACGUCUUCAACCUGAACGCGCGCGCCCAGUUCUUCGUCGGCCAGGCCGCCUUCAGGCAUCUCGAGGACAAUGGCCGCUUGGUGCUCAUGUCGUCGAUUGCGGCGGGCCUGCUAGGCGUGCGUGACCAUGCCCUCUACAAUGCUAGCAAGAUGGCUGUCAUUGGCAUGAUCAAGGCGUUUGCCACCGACUUUGGCGUCAGGGGCAUCACGGUCAACGGUGUUGCCCCUGGCGGCAUCAAGAGCGACAUGUUCACCCAGAACGCCUGGCACUAUAUCCCUGGCGGCACGCCCGACUGGUCCGCCGAGAAGAUCGAGACUCUCAUGGCGCAGCACUGCCCGCUGGGUCGCUGUGCCGUGCCGCAGGACGUGGCGCGCGUGGUCGCGUUCCUGGCUAGCGAGGAUGGCGGUUGGAUUAACGGCCAGGUCAUCACUGUCUCCGGCGGCUCCUCGCAGUAGUCUUGCCUCCGCUUGCUCGACAACAAACUCUCGCUGCCAGCCAAAGACCCGUCCUCUUUCCUCGGCGCGUUCUGUUCAGCGUAAUGGGCGUGCGUGGCGCAUGGAGUGGGAGCUCUGCUCUGUGGCAUCGGGUCGUGGACCAUGCCGUGCCUAUCUAGACAGCGCUUGCUUACAUGAAUUUAUUUCCGUGGCAUUAUUUACCAUAGCUGGGAUAUGUUGAUGAAAUGGUCUUUGAUGUGGUCGUUCCUGCUGGUGGUUACUGUACGCUGCUGUCGUCUGUGGC